GUGAAAGGAAAAACGUCUCUCAGAAGCAAGCAUUUGGAUGGGGCGUGUGAGAAAUCGAUAUGAAGCAGAGGUAGAGUUCUGUCGGAGAAGAGUAAUUGCUGCUAAUGAAUUGAAUUCAACCUCAAUGCCAACAUAUCCAGAAAUAGCCAACCAGUGCACAUCCACAAAAAUUGCUUUUAAUUCAGCUGCAAGAACUGAACUGGCAUGGAGGGGGAAUGAGCCAGCAAAGAUGAGAUAGCCAUUAGCGUCACGAAGAACAGCCCCACCAGAUGCGAGUUGCCGAUUGAUAGAUGCAUCCACAUUCAAUUUUAAGAAGUCAGAGAAAAAUUACCAUCCCGGGAAGGCAUCCAAACAGUGCAAUCAUUCUGAAUAUCAACCAAUUCAAUACCCUGCUCAUGGAUGUUACAAAUGCUUUUCCAUAUGGCUGAAUCAGCUAAUAUUUGUGUUAUACAAGACCGUCACUCGAAGAAGCUGAUUGGAGCGGGUGAGCAGGAGAAUGGACUAUAUUACUUACGGGCCUCAGCAACUAUUCAGUCAGUUCAUACAGAUUUGCUUUCAGGGGAUUUUUGGCACAAGCGACUCGGUCAUCCAUCAUCUCAGGUCAUGAAGAAAUUGUCUUUUAUGAGUGGGAUUGAAGAAGAAGAAGAAGAAGAGAUGGUAUUUUUUUUAAAUGGAUUGAGAGAGCAGCAGCAGCCGACGGGGAAGAUGCGUUCGAGAGCUGCGGCUGAAAAGAAGCAAAUGGUAGAGAUGCUAAGAAGAUGAAGGUUUCACCAAAAUCCUUCUACGUAGUGUGUUAGACUGUUAGAUACAUAGUACUGGCCUGGGGUAUUUUGUUUUCAUAUUCCGUAAUUGUGGGCUAAAUUGUUUGGUUGCAUAAAGUUUUG